AUGGUUCACUUCUGCUUCGAUCACAACAUUAAGGUCUUCCCAAUGCCUCCCAUCUUACACAUCAGCUUCAACCUCUUGAUGUCGGCGUUUUUAGGUCAUACAAACACUGGCAUCAACAAGUUCUACAUCUCCGAUUUUCUAUAUCAUCUUCAAGAGGUCCGCACUCGCACCUUCAAAAAGCACACAAUUCUCUCAUCUUGGCAGAAAUGUGGCCUCUUCCCAUUCAGUCCCGAGAUCGUGCUCUCUCAGCUUCAAGACACGCUCUCGUCGCUCACAGAAGAAGUGGCUAUUAAGGACCUGCCGGGCUCGAUCGAAAGCGAGCCUCAGGGCGGGCCUCAGGCAGCAAGACCAUCAACACCAUCGCCACACACGCCGCCCUCGAUUCAACGAUUCAACUGGAACAAUGUUUCAACGCCGAGACUCAACCUCUCUACGAUUCAGAGGUAUCACGCCUACGUACAGCUUCAAGGCGCGGAAAGCCGACAAAACCUCGCUCUCAACGGCAUCACCGCAACGGCCGAGAUGACGAAGAUAAAAGAGAAACAAGCCAAGCGCUCCAUCGCCCGAGACGAAUACAAUAGACAAGCGGCACAAGAAGAGGAGGCACAGAGAGUCAGGAAUAAGGAGGUUCGCGACGAAGCUGGCUAUAUACGCCGCUGGCUUCGCAAGGUACGCUUCAACGUCAGGAUUAGCAUCACAGAGGCGAGGAUUCGAGACAUCAGAGGUCUCUGGGCCAAGGGCGACAAGCGCGCACACCUCAAUUGCAAUGAGUGGAUGUGCGCAAGCUACAGGAUUCUCCGCGAGCUACACAACCGCGGCGUAGGGCAAAGCAAGGCGAUCAUGUGGCCGGAGUACUAUGAUCGCGAGAUUGUAAAGGAAGCAGCCGAAUUAGUGGUGAUGGAGGCAAUAAGCGUGCUAUUUGCCGUCAGACGCUUUCCUUGGAAGCUGACGGCAUCGAGAUGCGAUGAAGAGGAAUCAUAA